CAUUGCUAAACCCUUGACUUCUUCUUCUCCCUGCUAGCUUUCAAACAUCCUCGUCAACAUGCCAGAAGGCUGACACCAAACUGGUUUAGCUGGGUUUCAGAGAAAAAAACAAUGUGUCACAACUCUCUCAGCAGGUCCCACUCGAAUUAGAGGCGCGACUAGAAAUGCAGCUACAGGGAACACUUCGAGGAAGGCAAAAUGGCCCAUUUAGGGUUUAAACGACGGGAACCGUGAAGACAACGUUACGUUAGCGGGCCGGCAACAUGGCACGUCGCUCUCAAUGUUCUUCUGCAGGGGACAACCCCCGCCACCCCAAUUACCUUCCUCCUCACUAUCGGGAAGAGUACCGUUUGGCAAUUGACGCGCUGGUUGAGGAAGACCUGGAGGGAUAUUAUGAGUUUCUCCAAAGAGCAGAUGUCGUGGACUUCCUGUCCUCACCUGAGAUUCAAUAUAUUCAGAGUUCGGUCCACGUUCCUCAACAGAGCAACUACCAAGAGCAAACUUUCAUAGAGACUGGAGGUGAAAGCUCCUCUGACACAUACUGGCCCAUCCACUCAGACUUGGACGCUCCCGGCCUGGACCUUGGCUGGCCUCAGCUACAUCUUUUUGGUGGACCUACAGAGGUCACCACUCUGGUUAAUCCUCCUGAGCCAGACAUGCCAAGUAUUAAGGAGCAGGCCCGGCGACUUAUCAAGAAUGCUCAGCAGGUGAUUGCCAUAGUGAUGGACAUGUUUACUGAUGUCGACGUGUUUGCUGAUAUUUUGAAUGCUGCUAUGAGGAACGUGGCCGUCUAUAUUCUUUUAGAUGAGCAGAAUGCACAUCACUUCAUGAACAUGGUGUCCAACUGCAGAGUAAAUCUCCAGAGUAUCCAACUGCUACGAGUAAGAACUGUGUCUGGCAUCACAUAUCACUGCCGCUCAGGGAAAUCCUUCAAAGGUCAAAUGAUGGAUCGCUUCUUGCUGACAGACUGCAGGGCUGUACUCAGUGGAAACUACAGCUUUAUGUGGUCUUUUGAGAAACUACACCGUUGUAUGGCACACCUUUUCCUUGGACAGCUUGUAUCAACUUUUGAUGAAGAGUUUCGGAUCCUUUUUGCUCAGUCACAACCACUCUUGCCUGAUGUUCCUGUUCCAAUGGAAGAUGUUGGCCUCUUACAAAGGAGGCCAUACCCAAGUAAAAGAACCUCUCUCACGUACAGAGAGCCCAGAAAAUUGCUACCAAUGGACAUUGGCACUCAUGCAGAGGACUGGACUAAAACCUCAUAUGAUGAACAAAUUGAAACAGAUUGGAGAAUGCUACCUAAUAGGACUUUACAUGGUCCUGUUGAUGUGUACAGUCGAUUUCCAGCUCAGCAGUCAGGAAUGGAGCCGCAUUUUAAUCAAGGGCACUCAAAGUUUCCCAUGAUGGAAAGCCCUGUCCUGAAACGUCACAGUUAUGUUGAAGGUGCUCAUGGCAGGUACAAUUAUCCAUUCCUUGCACAACCCACAACAGAGUUUGAGGCCAGGGGAAGGCUGUUUCACAGGGGUCAGCCGCCAAAUGUGGGGCCAGGUCCAGAAGUCGAUUAUAGUGGCCCUGAGAAAUUUUGGAGCCAACAAUAUCAUUCUGCGGAUCAGUAUUCUGAACCAGGCUUGCCACAAGAGAUGGAGCCAUUUGAUAACUUUGACCCUGUGCUUAACUAUUUAUCAUCUACCAGGAACGUGGACUUUGAGCAGGUCUCAGAGAAAUUACAACCUCCUGCAGAUUUACCAUUAAGUUCAUCCCAGCAUCAAAGGUUGAAGUACUCAGCAUCUCCCACCCCUCCAAAUACAGUGGAUGACAAGCAGUUUUUCCAAGAGCCUAACACUGACCGCAAAGACCCCAUGGUAAAACGAGGGUUGAGAAACUGGAGAAUUAACUCUUACCUCAGUGCAUUUGAUAAUCCAGAUGAAGGCCUGCCAGUGAUACCACCUCAGGCACCAGAUCCUUUUGAGGAUCCCUCCAACCCUGUACAGCAAACACAACCAGUGAUAGAGUUAUCUAUUCCUAAAAUUCCAAACGUCCGAGAGUUUAAGAUUCCUGCCCUACCGCGAGCAAGUCAGUUGCCAAGUUAUGCCAAAGCUUUCACACUAGAUCUAGAGCAGGCAAAGAAGUUGCCUGAAGAAAGUGUGAAGAGUGAAGAAACUGUGUCAACUGAAACCAAAACUACGCCAACACCCUCAGAAUCAUCAUCAACAACUGAGGGGGAUAAACCAGAGGAGGCAGAACAAAGAGAACCAAACACUGCUGUUCGAAAGGAGGAGUCAUUUCGGAGGAAAUACAACGCAGCAAUACCAAGGAGCUCGAGGUUAAGAUCUUCUCUGAUAUUUAGCUCUUUAGAGCAGCAUACAGCAGGGCAACAAGAUGAGGAAGGUGACAAAAAUGAGACAGAGCAGGCAAAACUACCCUUUGUUUCUCAAGCUUUGGGACAAAGAAGAUCAGGCGCAAGAGAAUCCUAUGGAUGGAGUCGUUACUUAAAGUCAGCUACAUUUGAUAGCGCUGUACCAGAAGCUUCCAAACAAGAAGGAAGCAAUAAACCAGACGAUAAAGACUCCUCAAAUGAAGAUUCAAAGAGUUCCACAGAACACCUUGAGGUACAGGAGCCAUUAAAACUGCCAAAUAUUGAACAAGGAAAACUCUCUCCAUCAAUGUCCAGACUGAUGCCCUCAGAAUCUGAUAUGGCAAAAACUGACCACCCACCCAAGACUUUGGUCACCAAUCCAUUGUCUGUAGAUAUGAGUGAUCCUGAUAAGAGACUGAUGUUUUUUAAAGAGCUAGCAGCUAAACGUAAAGCUGCUAUGGCUGCAGAAGCUGAAAAGAGCACACAGAAGGUUCACAUGAAAACACCAACUGAUCCUAAUGUUACUGUUAAAAAAGAGGGCACUCUUUCAAAUGAUGGAAUGACAGGCGAUACCUCUGCCCAAAAGCCCGAAGCCCUGAUCUCAUUAUCGUCAGAUGUCGCCACAAAGGAUUUAAGUAAAACCAAAUCCACAGAACCACCUUUUGAUGGCAGUGAUGAGAUUAACGAGCACGAGGGCCAGGUCAGUAAUGUAUCAGUUAUCCCUCAUAGCGCAAUGAGUGAACUACCUAGAGUUUCAAAUAAUUCGAACGAGGUAGAAAUGAGGAACAGCCAAACAGCAGCAUCUUUAUCUGUUUCUGCAGAAACAGAAGGCCUUCAGUGUGAUUCAGAAGAUCCAGAGCUUCAAAAAUCUGCCUUAAGUGAGUGUAGCUCUGGUCUACAAGCCAUUGUAACACAAGAAAAACAUGCUAAUCUUCCAUCGCUUGAGCUUAGUACUGAUGCAAGCGUAUCACCAGUUCUUGAGUCUACCUCUAAUGAGUCCACUUUAGCUGCUCCCAGUUUGGGGGAUUCAUCAUCUUCUGCAUCGUCCAGGCUUAAUUCUAACAUUCAAACUCGAGAGUCAUCACAAUUAGAAAACACUGUGACAUCUCCUUCCCCGUCAUUAGAAUCUAGCAUAGUAACACAAUCAGAUGCAAAAAUCCCUAACUCUGAACACUCUCUAUCCAUUUCUGGUCUUCAAACUACAUCCAGUCCUCAUGACUCUAACAUCAACUCGGCACCUAGCAUACUGUCCUUAACAUGUGACAAAAUAGGCACAGAGAAACCUGUCAGUGUCUCCCCUCAGAGAUCAUCCCAGUCUACUGAAGAAACAUCACAAAAAUCUAGCACCUCUGUCAGGAAAAGAGAAUCACAGUCUGCACAAGACCAGAUCGAUUCUAUUUCACAGUCACAGACACUUUUAAGUGCUUCUGUAGAUGACACUGUUCAGGAGCAUUCUGAUGUUUCUCACAAAAACUAUGCCUCUGAUUCAGAGCCAAACCCAUCCUCAUUACAACAUAUCCCAAAGACAAACACUGACAAAUCAAGUUCUCUUUCACAUUAUCCCCUCACCCAAAAGGCUUCUGCAUUAGAAAAUGUCUCUGGACAAAAUCCAGUAACAGAGGAGUCUUGGGUGUCAUCUAUUGAUGUUCCAUCGCCCAUAAAAGACAUCAAAGGUGACAUCUUAACUCAUAGCCUUAGCUCUACAUCACAUGAACCCAGUAUUCUAACACUCACCCUAGCAGACCCAUUUAUAGAGCCACUAAGACAAGCAAAUUCCCUCUGUGAACCUAACCCAACAGAAUCAAGAACUUCUGCUGAAACAGAUUCAUGUUUGUCUCUGUCGGAGUCAGUUACAGCACCCUCCCAAACGGAAGGUUUAAUGCCAACAUUGCAUGGUUCCUCUAAUGUUACCCUUUUAACCAAUGGGACUUUAGCUCAUGUCAAAGCGCCAAUGCAGUCUACCUCAGUUGUUACAUCUGUUACUACAGAGCCUGGUCUGGCCAGCAAAAAGCCAGAUGCUGAUAAUUCUGAAGUUUGCCAGCCAUAUUUAGCUGCACCCCUUGCAGAUAUUAAUAUGUGCAGCCAGAUUGAUGUCAGCCAAGAAUCAAAAUUGUCUGUGCCUUGUGAGAAUAAGACUGAGGAUAGUGAUGCCACAAAUACAGUAAAGAAGAGUACUGCACUAGAAUCUGGCUGCAGCGAAAGAAUAAAUGAACAGACAGGACAAACUAAAUGUCCAGAGGUUACGGUAGAUGAAGGUGUAUUGUCGUCACAACAACAGUCCAAGCUGCCAAAGUCCAGCCAGUCUCGCUACCACUCUUCAACAGCCAACGUGCUUUCCAGCAGCAACCUCAGAGAUGAUACAAAGCUGCUGCUUGAGCAAAUUUCAGCAAAUAGCCAAAGCAGGAAUGAGUCUACUAAGGAGUUGCCUGUCACCGAUGAUGAGAAAGAAGAUGAAGCAGACAAAAAUGCUAAAAGGGACAAAGAAAGGGAGAUCGGCUCACUAAGCAGCAGCCAGGCAACUCAGGACCGUGAUAAGUUGCUCCAGAAACUCCAAAGCAUGAGGAAGGAGAGAAAAGUUUACAGUCGCUUUGAGAUGGCUCCUUAGCUGGGAAACUGAGAAGGAUGAGACAAAAGAUUAGAGACUGAAAUACAGUAGAAACCUGGUACACUGACUAAGACAUGUACAUGAUCACUAAAACAAAAUAGGGUAGGAUUGUUAUUUUGGAAUCACCAUCAUGUUUUAUCAGUGUGACGUGCAUGGACUGACAGUCAAGUAUGUGCAUGUGCAUAUGUAUGUUAGUAUGGAAUAACAUGUUUUUACUGACACGGAUGGGUAAAGUGCAAUUGUUCCAGCUGUUUGAGGUGCCCUGUAUACUUGCCUUUUUUACUACAGGGACAUCCAUUACAUAAUGUUAGUUCAUUUAAAAUUAAUUUUAAAAAGUGUCUAUUUGGUCAUUAGGUGUGCCCACAUCCAUUAGUGUUUAAAAGUCAGGUGUAAUGAUUGAUCAAAUUACGUCACAUUCAGUAAUGAUUAUAAGCUCUGAAAAUAAAUCAGCCAAAUGGAGUUAUAUUCCUAAAGAUCAAUGAUCGCAAGAUCCUAGAUUUAUGAUUUUUUUUUUAUUAAAAUAUAUUAAUGUAAUCAUGUUUCUCAUUUCUAAUUGGCCAACUGUGAAAAGUCUAUGUACAAAUUAAUUCAAGUUAAUGCUAUAGUUGUGAGCAAUAGAAAGGGUAGGAACCGAACUUGUUGUCAAGUAUCUUCUGCCAUGUAGUGGGUCUUAUUUUAACUCCAAUGCUCACUCCUUGUACAUUGUUGCUUUCAUGAGUCAUAGCUUAUAACAAAAUGUUACCACAUUGGUGACACUAGCGGAAGAAUGAUCAAGUUCUACUUAAAGCACUCCAUCAUAUGAUAUUUCAGCAGAGAUAGUGGUGAUGUGUGAAAGCAUGUUGUUUUUGCCCUGAGCAUGCAUUGAGGAGAAGGAAAAUACUGCGACUUGUAAGGCUGCUUGCAAUUAGAAGUUGUAAUUGAAAUUAUAAUACCAUUAGUUUGUGUGUGACUAUAUAUGUAUUCAUCGUUGUUAAAAUUUACAAUAGGUAUUUAACAAUAUCAGUUACACAGUUACAGGAGGACUGUACCUGAUAAAGACAACUGAAUCAUGAUGUAUAUUAGUGAACAGCGCACCAUAGACCUUUAUGUGUGUGUGUGUGUGUGUGUGUGUGUGUGUGUGUGUGUGUAUAUAUAUAUAUAUAUAUAUAUAUAUAUAAAUAUAUAUAUAUACUGUAUAUGUAUAUAUAUAUAUAUAUAUAUUUUUUUUUUUAGCUGACUAAUAUAUAAAUGCAAUAAAAGCAUCUCUGACAAAUAAGCUCCAAACCAUCACCAAGUUACACACAAAAAAUAUUUAAUCUUUUCAAGCUCUGGAAAUGUCACAUGCCAACCUUAUUUCAGUUGUUUUCUAUGGACUUCAUUUCAUGUCUUAACUGCUUUUGUCUCAUUGUGGGUUUAUUUGUACACAUUUUGAGUCGUAUUCCUGUCACAACAACACAAAAAGAAGUAAAACCUAUUUUAUUUUUGACAUUUUUCUUAAGGGACCUCAAAGCCUGACCAUGGAGAGGUAAAUGAGUGAAUGCUGGUUGUAUUUUUUAAUUUAGAGGAUCUUAGCUUUUUGGUCCUUGGAAAAGUGCCUUUGUAUUUUUCAGAAAAUAUGCAUUUUCAUAGAAACUGUCAAAUGAAACUAACAAAAUUACACUUUGUGUUUUUAAGAGACAUUUGAAAGAUAACGGUUCUUCUAAACCACUUGAUGAAAAAUAAAAACUCUUAUAAUGUCAUUUUUCAA